AUUUGACGGCCGUGUGGUUGCCAAGCUCCCCUUCGUACCCCUGUCCUACAUCCAGGGCUUGUCCCACCGUAAUCUCCUGGGUGAGGAUUACACGGAUUGCUCCUUUAUCUUCCUCUACAUUCUGUGCACCAUGUCUAUUCGACAAAACAUCCAGAAGCUGCUGGGCUUGGCUCCUUCCCGAGCCGCCACCAAGCAGGCGGGGGGAUUCCUCGGCCCACCGCCUCAAGCCGGGAAGUUCUCCUGAAGUCUGAGAAAUAAUUCCUGUCGUGUCUCGUCAGCCGAAGAGAAAAGGGAAGAGGAUCCUGAUGGCCUUGCACAAGGCUCAGACUGUGCAGAAGACUUUCUAAACACCACACCUGGAUGGCUUCAGGUGAUCGCGUGUGUUUUAAAGACUUUGGGGUGGGGGCCCUGAUCCUCAGCACUUCCUGCUGGAAUGUGUUUGGGAAACGUUGGCAGAGGUUCCAGCGGUGAAGUUCCCUCUUAGAAGAAUCUCAUUGUAAUACCCUUCUCGGGGUGAAAAUUAAAAAAAAAGAUGCAUGUCAUCCGUCUUCAUGAUG